AUGGGUUUGAAACAUCGGUUCUCAACCUGUGGGUUACGAUCCCUUUGGUACUCUAAAACCCUUUCACGAGGGCAGCCUAAAACCGUUAAAAAAAUGCAGAUAGCUGGCCUUGUGGACGGCUGCAUUGACUGGUCAGUGGAUCUCAAGACAUACAUGGCUUUGGCAGGCGAACCUGUCAGAGUGAAAUGUGCCCUUUUCUACAGUUAUAUUCGCACCAACUAUAGCAUGGCCCAGAGUACUGGGCUCAGGCUCAUGUGGUACAAAAACAAAGGCGAUCUGGAAGAGCCUAUCAUCUUUUCAGAGGUCAGAAUGAGCAAAGAGGAAGACUCCAUAUGGUUUCACUCAGCUGAGGCACAAGACAGCGGAUUCUACACUUGCGUUUUAAGAAACUCCACAUACUGCAUGAAGGUGUCAAUGUCCUUGACUGUUGCCGAGAAUGAAUCAGGCCUCUGUUACAAUAGCAGGAUCCGCUACUUAGAGAAAUCUGAAAUUACUAAAAGAAAGGAGAUCUCCUGCCCAGAUAUGGAAGAUUUUAAGAAGUCCGACCAGGAACCUGAUGUUGUAUGGUACAAGGAAUGCAAGCCAAAAAUGUGGAGAAGCAUCAUAAUACAGAAGGGAAAUGCUCUUCUCAUUCAGGAAGUUCAAGAAGAAGAUGGAGGAAAUUACACAUGUGAACUUAAAUAUGAAGGAAAACUUGUAAGACGAACAACAGAACUGAAAGUUACAGCUUUGCUCACAGACAAGCCUCCCAAGCCAUUGUUCCCCAUGGAAAAUCAGCCAAGUGUGAUAGAUGUCCAGCUGGGUAAACCUCUGAAUAUCCCAUGCAAAGCAUUCUUUGGAUUCAGUGGAGAGUCUGGACCAAUGAUCUAUUGGAUGAAAGGCGAGAAGUUUAUUGAAGAGCUGGCAGGUCACAUUAGAGAAGGUGAAAUAAGAGCUAAGCGACUUGGCGUCACUCAGCUCCUGAUCUUUAGAAAAGGAGUACGGUACAUUUCCCAGAGAAAUUUGGGGGAACCGAUGCUAGGAACCAUCUCAGGAAUGGUACGAUUAUUUGUACUGCACCAAGGGUGGAAACCUCCUCAUAUUCCCAUCUCCAGAACACUGCAGUCCGGCAUCAGCGCAUACAUUGAAGAUCUCACAAGAUGCAUUGAGCAAAGCAGAAGACUUAUUAUCGUGCUAACUCCAGACUAUAUACUCCGAUGGGGAUGGAGUAUUUUCGAACUGGAAAGCAGACUCCACAACAUGCUCGUCAGUGGAGAAAUCAAAGUGAUUUUGAUUGAGUGUACAGAAUUAAAAGGAAAGGUGAAUUGCCAGGAAGUGGAAUCGCUAAAGCACAGCAUCAAACUUCUAUCACUGAUCAAGUGGAAGGGGCCCAAAAGCAGCAAAUUAAAUUCUAAGUUUUGGAAGCACUUAGUGUAUGAAAUGCCCAUCAAGAAAAAAGAAAUGCUAUCCCAUUGCCAUGUGCUAGACUCUGCAGAACAGGGGCUUUUUGGAGAACUUCAGCCUAUCCCUUCAAUUGCCAUGACGAGUACCUCAGCCACAAUGGUGCCAUCGCAAGCUGAUCUCCCUGAUUUCCACCAUUCGGAUUCAAUGCAAAUGAGGCACUGUUGCAGAGGAUACAAACACGAGAUGCCAACCAACACCCUGCCAGUACCUUCCUUAGGCAACCACCAUACUUACUGUAAUUUGCCACUGACACUACUCAAUGGACAGAUACCCCUUAAUAAUCCCCUGAAAGAGACUGAGGAAUUCUCAAGAAACAAUUCCCUACUGCCAUUAUCAUCCAAAGAGCUUAGCUUCACCAGUGAUAUUUGGUAG